AUGAAUGUUCUCUAUUCAUUAAUAGGAGUUGAAGGACUUGACCUUCUAGCACAAAAUGAAAUUUUUACAAAUACUCUCAAUUUUGCUUUGAUCAAUAAUGAUGAUAAUUAUUCAAUUGAUGAACCAAUGCUAAACCGAUUUUGUAACGAUAUAUUACCUCGAAUUCAAUACACUGUUAGAUGUCUUGUUUUGGAAACAAUAACAACUAUGGAUCGUAUUUUACGUGCUGGUGUUUAUCCAAAUCUUACUCAACUCAAAAUAUUCAAAUUUCAAGCAAAUGUUUUUUCACAUUUUUGUACAGAUGAAUUACUUUUCCGACACCACUUCAAAAAACAAAUUACAGAUCUUACAUUAGUCAAUAAUUCCCGUCAUGAAAUAGGAACUAUAGAUCAGAUGACAAAUGUAUAUUUAAAAUUGCUUGAUUUCUUUGAAAAUCUUAACUAUUUGAAUUGUAUUGAAACAUUUAUUCAUGGAAAUCCAAUUUUAUCAUUUAUUAAUUUACCAUCAACUGCUUUUAUUUCUUCAAAUCUAACUAAAUUAUGUAUUACAGUGGAUAAUUUUGGAGAUUGUCUUUGUUUACUUGAUGGUCGUCUCAAUCAAUUAUCUACAUUUAUUAUUAUUAUCGUUAAUGUCAAAGAUAAUUCAUCGAUGGAAUUCAACUCAAAUGAUCUACCUAAUUUGAAAUAUUUCUCAUUAAAAUUUAAAUCUUUAACUAAUGAAUAUGAUAAUCAAGUUGUACCUCUUCUUCAUCGAAUGUAUAAUCUUCAAGAUUUAACAUUAUAUAUUCAAAUCAAAGAACGAAAUAGACUUGUUGAUGGUAUUCAACUUGAAAAUGAUAUUCUUAUUCAUUUGUCAAAACUUCAAAGAUUCGUUUUUUAUAUCUGUACUUUUACUAGUGUCAAUCAUCCUGUUACUCUUUUAUCAAAUGAUGAUAUUCAACGAACUUUUUCUAAUGUAAAAUUUGGACAAAUUGGUUGUAGUAUGAAUUAUAUCGAUGAAUCUGAUAUCAGAUAUCAUGUUUUCUCACUUCCGUUUAUAUUUGAUUGUAUAGGAUAUAUUGGUAAUAGCUUUACGAAUACGAUAUUCAACAAUGUUACUUUUUUAUGCAUAUAUGAUGGGAUUCCAUUCGAACAUGAAUUUUUUGUUCGGCUAGCUCGAUGUUUUCCAUUAUUGAAAUCUUUGUUUAUUAUAAAUUGGAAAGCACAAUCAAGAGAUUCACCUGAAUCUGAACAUGACAAUACUAAUGGAUCAUUUGAAGUUGUCCAAUAUAUUCAUCUCACAUCACUCCACCUUCCCCGUACACAUAUUGAUUAUAUUAACCAAAUGUUAAAUGAAUCAAAAACACGUUUACCUUGUCUGACAGAAUUAUGGAUUCAUUAUGAUCAAUUAAAAACUGUAACAAAUAAUUUUACAAGAGAUGCAACGAGACUUAAUUGUAUCAAUGUGAAAGAAUUACAUUCUGACUGUCCCAUCAAUCAUGACGACAAUAGCGAUGAUGACUCGAUAAAAGCACAAUCAAAAGAUUUUCAUCUUUAUUUUCCUUUGUUGAAACUUUAA